AUAAGUGACACCCUAAAUAACUUUUGUGCUUGGGUUUUAAAUUCGUACAUCAUUAUGUUGUAAGAUGAAACAGUUUGGGAUAUAAAAUGUGAGUAGUUCUGAAAUUUUGCAAUCCAUAGUUUAGAGUAGGGUCGAAGGCAAGAAUGAGGACGGUGAUUCUUACCGCGCAAACCCAACCACAGAUGUUCUUCCGCAAUUCAGUUCCACUCCCUCUCGCUCCCAAACCAACCAGAAUCUCCCUCGCUCUCAAACCCCUCUCUUCUUCUUCAUUGGUGGCCAAAUGCCAUCAGCAACGGCAGCAACACCAGAAAACCCAAGAUGAGGGCAUUCCCGCGGAGGAGGUGAAAAUCCUGGCAAAGUUCAAGUCCCGCCAUAACUACAUUCGCGUUCUAGAAGUUUCUAGAAAGGCAGAGCACCACUUUCGUGGCUCCAGGCUUCUUCUCCUCGACGCUCCCGGAAACAUCCACAGCGUAUCCUUUCUCUUCACAUCCCUCACCAAAACCUAUUUCGACGUCUUCGCCACGCUCCCUCCAAUACUGCCCUCCGGCCCCAUCGCCCUCCUCGGCUUCGGCGCCGGCACCGCCGCCCGCCUCCUCCUCGACCUCUAUCCCAACGCCGUCCUCCACGGCUGGGAGCUCGACCCCGCCGUCAUCCAGGUGGCGCGCGAGUACUUCAACCUCGGGAAGCUUGAGAGGGAGAACCAGCAGCGCCUCUUCAUCUAUAUCGGGAACGCGCUCAACGCCACAGUGCAUAAUGGCUUCUCCGGGAUCGUCGUGGACUUGUUCUCCCAGGGAUGCUUGAUCCCCGAGCUCCAGGAGCCUGCCACGUGGGAGAAGCUGAGGGGGAGGUUGAGGAAGGGAGGGAGAAUUAUGGUGAAUGUUGGAGGGAGCUGUGUGGAGCCGGAGAGUAGGCUAAGAGAUGGGAAGGUUGUUAUGGAAGAAACUCUGAGGGCGAUGAAGGAGGUUUUUGGGAAGGAGCUUUUUGUUCUAAAUCUUGGAAAUCGUAAAGAUGAUAGCUCUCUUGCUCUUACCGGAGACUUGCCUCCUUCCGAGGAGUGGAAGAAAAGGCUUCCCGGUCCCUUGAAAUCUUACACUCAAAUGUGGAUGCCUUACUCUGAUUAGUACACCUUUGCUCACCACCAUCUGUUUGUAUUUAUUCCUCUUCGAAAUCUUCAAUUUUGCUCCCCUUUUCAAGGAAAUGGAUCUUUUGCUUGUGGCAUCCUGGGCUGAUCGUGAGUUGGACCUUAUACAGUGGCCACCAUUUCUACUUGCUAGCAAGAUUCCAAGUGCGUUGGAUAUGGCUAAGGACAGCAAUGGAGAAGGGUCGAGAGUUGUGAAAAAGAAUUAACACUGACCAUUAUAUGUAUUCUGCUAUUGAGGUGUGCUAUGCUUCUUUUAAGAGCAUUGUUAAGUAGUACCUGGAUCGUGAAAAACGGGUCAUACAUAGAAUACAUUUUCUCCGAGGUAGACAAACAUAUUGAAGCUGAUGAUGACCUUACCGCUGAAUUCAGACUCAGUCGGACAAACAUUUUAAUGUAACAUUAUUUAUGUAUUUAAAAAGUAUUUAUUUUCAUAA